AUGAGAACUUCAUUCGUCACCCUUUUCGGCCUUGCUGCCAGCGUCGCUGCUAUUCCUGCCAGAGUCAUGGAGCGUCAGACAACCCUCUGCUCUUCCGGCACUGCUCAAUGCUGCUCGGUGGACGUUUUGGGCGUUGCAGACCUCGACUGCGCCAACCCACCUACUCUUCCAGCCAACGGCACGGACUUUGCAAACAUCUGUGCCGCCGAGGGCCAGAUUGAUAUGUGUUGUCUUAUUCCUGUUCUUGACCAAGGACUCCUCUGCCAAGUUCCAAUUGGAGGCUAA